ACACAAUAGCAAUUUAAAAAAAACACGUGUCAUCUUUUCGCUCUCUCUCUCUCUCUCUCUCUUUUAUUUUCACGUUUAGAAAAAUAAAAUGCAACUUCCUACACUAUUACGCGAACCAGCGGUUGCAGUGAUUGGUGAAACGUGUGUUUCUUCCUUGUUAGAAAACUUUAAUUUUCAUGAUGUAGAGUGUAUCAAGUACUCUGUCUCCAAGGGCUUGGGACUGGGUAUUGUCUUGGGUGGUUCGAUUGUCAAGAUUCCUCAAAUCCUUACGAUUGUCAAAAACGGUUCAGCCCAAGGGUUAUCGACCACCUCUUACCUAUUAGAGACACUCUCUUAUUUUAUUACGCUUUCUUACAACUUGCGACAGGGGAACCCUUUCUCCACAUUUGGAGAGAUUUUGUUUAUUUGCAUUCAAAAUAUCGUGAUCUUGUCUCUUAUCUUUUAUUACGGUGGUAAAGGAUCCCUCUUGGUGGGUACGUUGGUAGGUUUGGUAAGCUUAUUUUAUUCAUUAAACAAUGAGGAAUGGGUACCUCAGGUCUUGAUGAGUUCUCUGUAUGCUGCCACCAUUCCUUUGUCGUUGGCAAGUAAAGUACCUCAAAUCUAUACCAACUUUAGAAACAAGUCCACGGGUCAAUUGUCUGUGUUUACUGUGGUGAAUUAUUUUGCUGGAAGUGCUGCUCGUGUCUUUACUACCAUGACUGAGUUGGAUGAUACACUCAUGUUAUUUGGUAAUGCCUUGGCUACCACUUUCAAUGCCAUUUUGGUUUUGCAAGUCAUUGCCUAUUGGGGUAAUAAGCCCACGGCUAAACCCACCACCAAACUGGAUUGAUUGAUUGAUUGAGCAAAAAAAAAAAAAUUAAAUAAAUGUCAUUGGAUAAAAGUUUUUUUAACUGUGAA